AUGGAUCUUGAUACGGUGGAUCUUAAGCACCGUUGCGCGGAAUUCGACAUAGAUGGUGAUUGCUGUAGCAGUUGCAAGUCUGCCUUGUCAGUGGAUGGCUUCCGUCAUAUGCUGGAGCAAAGCCAGGGUUAUUUGCACUCUGACUUGGCCACACUAAAGGAGAAGGACAGCUGUCCGCUCUGUAGAGUAAUACUUGGCUGCUUCAAUGGCAGUCGUCUGUAUAAGCGAUCCUUCCGAGAGGAGUCUGUGAAUGUUAUUCUUCGGAUUCAAGCUCGGCCAAAGUGCAACGGUCUGAGUCAAGGCUCCGCAGGCGAGUCGCCCAUGCAUGUGCUCUCCAUUAGUCUACAUUCCAUUGAGUUUGCCGAUGUCGUCUCGGAUAUCAACUAUGAGUUGGACAUAUUUGCCUACGAAGACGACCCAGCGGCGUCGUGGGUUUUGAGUCGCCCACCGGAGCUUGAUGUCACGUCGCCAAGGACAAUUGCAAAGGCAAAGGCCAUGAUCUCGGAAUGUCAAUUGCACCAUGAAGCGGCAUCGCCAAACGUCAAUCUCCAUUCCCUAGACGGGGCCAGUGGAUACAGUCAAUACCUUACCUUGAGUUACUGUUGGGGUAGAAAUCAGCCACUUGUCACGUUAAAACGUAAUUUCAACGACCUGAAGAAUGGUAUUGGAGUGACCUUCCUUCCACAAACCAUGCAAGACGCCGUGCAAACUACUCGCGACUUGGGGUAUCAAUACUUGUGGGUCGAUGCCCUCUGUAUUAUUCAAGAUGACGAGGAGGAUAUAAAGAGAGAAAUAGGGGCCAUGGCAGAUAUAUAUCGCAACUCGACAGCGACCAUUCUAGCAGCAACGUCCAGAUCUGUGGGUGAAGGAUAUCUGAAGAGUUCUCGCAAACAUCGUCCUUUCAUUACGUUGUCUGUGCAGUUGCCGAACGGCAAAACUGGCGAGGUUCAGAUCGGCCAUCCAUGCCAAUUUGCCCACUUUGGCUGGCAUCUUGAUCCUCUUGCUCAGAGGGGAUGGGCACUACAAGAGUCCCUCUUAGCUAGACGAAUUUUAUACUACGGUCCUUAUGAGGUUCUUUUUCACUGCCAGACCCUUGGAUAUAGGCGCCUUUUGCCAAGCUACAUAAUAUAUCCCGAGAAUGAACAGCCUUCUUCGCGAUCAUUGUUCCAUUCACAGGAUAGAACUGCAUCUUGGUCAGAGCUUGUCCGUCAGUAUACGUUUCGCAAUCUUACGUACAGCGAGGACCGACCUCGAGCAAUCUCUGGGAUUGUCGCGACCCUCGAAGAACUUUGGAACGACAAGUGCGUCUUUGGUGCGUGGGCCAGUCGAUUUGUCGAGCACAUGACAUGGUUUAACGUUGCUGGUUUUCGCCCAUCUUUGCGGAAGUCGAAUCGCGCACCAUCAUGGUCUUGGUUGUCAAUAGACGGGCAUGUAGCUGCAGGUGCAAAACUGACUCUGAUCUGCCGAGUGACUCCAGAGCACAAGUGGCCAAGCUUGGAGCCAAAUCUCUUCGACAUUUACUGGGAUGUUGACAAUACAAACGAUUCAAGAGGAAUGCCCUAUUUCUACUUGUACCUUGGGGUCGAAGCGCGCCUAUCGCCCGAGAAGUGGUAUCACGCGUUCGCGUUGGCUGUUGUCCAAGUGGAGGCCCACGUGUUUCGGAGAAUUGGAUUAAUCAUCGUGCAAUCGGGUGAUAUGAAAGUGGUGCGACAUCUCGAGGAAACAUUGCAUGCUCCUCAGCCUAUAACUCUUGUAUGA